CCCGUGGUAGCUACCACCAGCGCCGAUCUUGGAGCUUUCGCUACGACGAGUAGGGGUACUGUAUCCGCCUCCGCUUUCGCCGGAUCCAAAAGUGGUGCUGCUUAUGUCGAUAGCAAGUGCAAUACCCCUGACAAAAUUUGUGGACUAAUAGACUUCCUGCUCCGAAACUGUAUAACUCCUGGUUACUACUUUCCCUAUCUCUCUCCCCCUAACUUGUUCACCACACAAUGGAGAAAACUGCCCGCAAUGCCAACAGGACCAGCACAUAUCCCCAGUGUUGGUGACAUAGCUGUUAGAGGGUGUGGAAUAAUAAGUAAUUUAACACAGAGUGCUGACAAAGCUGAAAUCUUUUUGACAACUGCAUCGCCUCAUGGACUUGCAGGCAGUUGGUGUGAAAUCACUCCCAUGCUUCAUUCGAGGGUAUAUCCUGCAGCUGAAUUUUUCAAUGGAAAUGUAAUCUCCCCAGUGGACCGAAGUGAUCAACGCCUCCUUUUCAACAGUUUCGAUGAUCUCUUUUAUGGGAAUCUUUUCUUUAUGUUACCAUAA